CAGAAGCGUGGACUGCUGGCCACUGCAAGGCAGUGUGCAGUAUCUUCAAUGAUGCAAUAACUAGCACCUCCAGUUGGUGGAAAACCUACCUGCUGAGUAGUCUGAGGAAAUGGCAGAGCGCCAAGACUGGCGUUCGCAGCUCCCGUCCUUCCUGGACAACACGGAGAGCAACAUUAGGUCGAUGCGGAAGGACGUGCCCAGCAAUUCGGGACCGCAGAGCAGGACAUCUCGGAAUCCGGAGUCUGUUGCGAAUGCACGUGCGGAGCUCAGCUCGCUGCUGGCAGCGGUGCAGGGAUCUUUGGCCGACCUGCGUGUGGAGGUUGCUGCUGCGAAGCGGCUUUCCACCAACGCCAGCGCUGCGGUGGCUGGCGAGACCUCCCCCGCGCCGAAGGGCCCAGUCCGGUCAUCGUCCGCGCAGCCGCGGCACCGGGACCAGCGCCCCGCGGAGGUCACGCCCUCUUUGCAGAUGCGCCUUGCAGCUGCUGCGCCGCUGUACCCGUCGGGGCAGUCAUUCGGUCCUCUCUUCAACACGCCAGGCUCUGCGGACCUGAUGCUUUCGGGCACACCGCCUGCGCCUGCCUCCGCGUCCUCUGCCCAGACGGGUCAGAACGAGGAGCUGGUAAAGGCCAUUGACAUGCGGCUUCUAGAACUCGGGCAUAAGAUCGAGCGCUCCCUGGAGCGCAGCAUGGAGGAGCAGACGCUGCGGUCACAGCUGCAGACCGCCAUGCAGGCGGCCAACGUGAUGCAGCAACAGCAGGCGCAGCAGCAGCUGCUGCGAAGCAGCCUGCAGUCCUCGGGGCUCACGGGAUUUGGCUCCAUGGUCCCGGUCGCCGCGCCGGCGAACGGGACCCCCGACGGUGCCGGGCCGGCGACAGCUGCACCGGCCUUUGCCGCCAAUGGCCACCCACGCUUGUCGACGGGCGGUGCGGGCGGGGGCGCCUCGCCUGGGGCCGCUGCCUCCGCUGCGUCGGCGUCUCCCAACCCACUGAUCUUGUUGGCUAUGAAUAAGGCCGAUGCGGCAGAAAAGAUCUCCACGGAGGUCCGCAGUGAGCUGGCGCUGCUGCAGAAACACGCCACCAAAGAGGCGGAGGACCAUGGCAAGCACAUCGCCAGCCUGGAGGAGUCAUCGCGGCACCACUGGGAGAAGAUGUGCCAGGUGGCAUCGCAGGUGGACAGCCUGCUGGCGCAGCGCUCAGGUGCCUCGGAGCUUCAAGGGGAGGUGGCACGCAUAGCAGGCCGGCUGGUACAGAUGGAGGGGGUCCAGGACCGCACCGCAGUGAACAUGGAGGAGCAGCAGCGGCUGAUGCGCCAGCUCACCACGGCAAUGCAGAAGCUGUCCCAGGACACGGAGUCGGAGCGCGCCGUCGCGUCCAGCCGCCAGGGUGAGCUGGCCGCAAAGCUGGAGGCGGCGGCGGCGCGUGCGGGUGAGCUCGAAAUGCGCUUUUCCCGCGUCAGCGACGUGGAGGCCCGCAUGUCGCGGCUGGGCGACCUGGAGGUUAAACUGGCGCGCAUGGGGGAGCUGGAGGGCCGCGUGUCGCGGGUCGUGGACCUGGAGGCGCGGGUGGCGCGCUUGCCGGACAUUGAGGCGCGCAUUGCGCGGCUUAGUGACCUGGAGGUGAAGGUGGCGCGGCUGGGUGACCUGGAGGGCCGGCUAGGCCGCUUGACGGAUGUGGAGGCACGGCUGGGCCGGCUCACGGAGGUGGAGGCCAAGCUGGCGCGGCUGUCAGAGCUGGAGAGCCGGAUGGCGCGGUACGGGGAUGUGGAGGGGAAGCUGGCGCGCCUGUCGGAGCUGGAGGCGCGCGUGGCGCGAGUGGGCGAGCUGGAGUCGCGGCUGUCGCGGCUCAGCGACGCCGAGGCGCGGCUCGCGCACUUGCCCGAGCUGGAGGCGCGGGUGGCGGCCCUGCAGGCGUCCGUAGCGGCCGUCAGCGCGGUUGCGGCCGUGACGCCCACCCGCGCCAUGCCGUCGCCGCCGUCGCCGGUUCCGCCGCCGCAGCCGCCGCCCGCCCCGGUGGCGCCUGCGGUGAGCGCGGAGGUCGCGGCACGGACGGAGGAGGCGCUAGAGCGGCUGGCAAACCUGGAGCAACAGGUGGCGCGGCUGGCAGCAAGCGGCGAGUCGGCUUCUAGCCAGGUGCAGGAGCGCGACCGCGAGCGCCGCCGCGGCCACUCGCAGCUGGCACAGGUGGCCCAGGAGGCAGCCAAGCCGGAGGAGAGCGUCAGGUCGCUGGACGGCAUUCCGCCGGCGCUGGCGGGCUGGUUUGGGGAGGCGCUGGGCUCGCCCGCAUCCUCUCUGCGCGCCAGUGGCCCCGGUGCCGUCAGCGGCAACGCCGGCAAGCGCCGCACCGACCAGCACGUCACCUUCUCAGAUCGCCCUGUCAGCCUCAAGGAUCUGGACGACCGCGUGCGGUCUCUGGAGGAGGCCAUGUUCAACGGCAACUCCGCCUACGCUUCACCCGGACCCAACAGCCGCUCCAUGCAAGCGCUCAGCGCCCGCAUGGAGCGGCUGGAGCACAUCGUGCGCGCGGAGAACAGCAUCGAGGCCAUGGCGCAGGAGGCGCGCCUUGCGGUGACGGAGGAGUUCGUGCUGGAGCUGCGCCGCGACUUCCACGACGUGGUGGGGCCGACGCUGGAGAAGCUGGCGGCGCACGUGUCCGACCUGCGCAAGGGGCAGGGCCAGGGCUCCCCUGACACCGGGAAGGUGGCGUCCGAGAUGCGCGCGCUCAACGCCCGCCUUGACUCUCUGUCGGCGGAGAUCACCAGCCUGUCGGCACACAGCCGCUCAGCGCCGCCGUCCGCACACCCGGCCUCGGCGCCAGGCUCGCGCGGCGUCAGCGCUGCCGGCGAGGGCAUGCCCGCCGAACGGCUUCUGGUGCUGGAGGCACAGGUCAAGGAGCUCAGCGCGGCCGUGGAGGACACGCACAGCGUCUUCCAGCGGCUGCAGAAGCACCAGGCGCUGCUGGACAAGCUGCAGCACGAGAUCGACGGCCUGCGCAGCAGCGUCACGGCGGAGAUGGCCGCACUGAAGGAGCGCGUGGACGCCACAGAUGGCCAGGUCCAGGGCAUGGGUGAAGACGCACGCGAGAAGCUGGAGCAGCUGGCCCGCCUGGACAUGGAGCUGGAGGCGGCAACCAACACCGUGGCCUCCCUUAGCGAGCGUCUGGGCGCACAGGAGGGCCGCGUGGCGGAGCUUGACCGCCAGCAACGCGCACAGCGGGAGAAGCUCGACAUCGCGCACGAGCAGCUGGAGGCGCAGGCGGCACAGCUGGCGGCGGCGGAGCAGCAGCUGGGUGCCCAGGGCGAGCAGCUGGCAACACACGCGGAGCAGCUGGAGGCGACGGAGCAGCAGCUGGGUGCCCAUCGUGAGCAGCUGGCAGCACAGGCGGAGCAGCUGGAGGCGACGGAGGAGAAGCUAUGUGCCCAUGAUGAGCAGCUGGCAGCACAGGCGGAGCAAUUGGUGGCGACGGAGCAGCAGCUAGGUGCCCAGGGUGAACAGCUGGCAACACACGCGGAGCAGCUGGAGGCGGCGGAGGAGAAGCUGCAAGAGCAGGAGGCCAGGCUGCGUGACGCCGCAGCGGCGGCCAGCAACGCGGCUGCGGCGGCCAGCAGCGCAGCGGCUGGUCUGGCCGCAGCAGCGGCCGGCGGUGCCGCGGCGGCGGGCGCCGGCGCGGGUGCCAUCAUGUCUCGGGGCUUAACCAUCCCAGAGCCGGAGCAGUCGGUGUCGCCACGUGGCUUCGGCGGAUCUAGCUCCGGCGGCGUCGCCGAUAAGGCGGCGCUUGCGGAGCUGGAGGCAGACCUUAAGGGCAAGCUGGCUGAGCUGCGCAGCAGCAUGGGCGACGUGCGCAAAGAGCUGGGCAGCAAGGUGCAGGUGCUGGACGCGCAGACACAGGAGCUGCUGGCGUUCCGCGAGGAGAUGCUGUCCUCCUACAUGGAGCUGCAGGACGGGGUGGACAAGGCGACUGCAGUGGCGGACGAGGCGCUGCGCAAGACGGUGGAGCACGAGGUGCAGAUUACGGAGCUGUCACAGACCGUCGAGACCCAGGCAGAGGCGGCUGUCGCCGCCGCAGCUGCCGGUGAGGCCAAGACGCGCAGCAGCUUGGCGGGCGGCAGCAGCCGCCGGCUCAGCGAGGCGGCCGCGGCGGCCGCAAGCGUCAACGCUGAGGCGCUGGAGGAGCUACAGGGCUCGGUGCGCGAGCUGCAGGAGCGCGUGUCUGCGGGUGCCACGGAGCAGCAGGAGCGGCUGGAGGCGCUGGACGCCAAGGUGCACGCGCUCAGCGAGCUCAUCACCGCCGCCAGCCAGGACACGCAGGCCGCCACCGAGGCUCGCGCCCGGGCCGAGGAGCUGGCCUACGAGCUGUCUCAGGCGCAGGAGGCGCUGGAGACGCUGGCCACCGACUCGGGCCGCCUGGCGGAGCAGCUGGCGGAGGUGGCCGCCACCAGCGAGCGCACCGCGGACGGCCUGGAGCAGCUGGGCGAGCGGGUUGCGGCGCAGGACUCGGCGGUGGAGCGGCUGCAGGAUGGCGUGGAGCGGCUGGAGGGCCGCAUCGCGGCGACCAGGGCCGCGCCGGUGGCCGUUGUCGCUGGCGCUGGUGUUGCAUCGCGCGAGGCCGGGCACGCUGAGCCCGUGAUGCUGAGCCGGGGCAUGCCGUCCAUGCCGGGCGCGUCGGCGCCUGGUGUCGCUGCUGCGGAGACCGGCGCACAGGCGUCUCGCGUGGGGGCCAUGACGCUUCCGUCCGGUGCUGACAAGGGUAUGCCCGGCUCCCAGGCCAUUUUGAACCCGCUGUUUGCGGAUUCCAGCGAGGAUCUGGACGGGCUCGCCCCGCCCGCUGCCGGGGCUGGCCAGGCUGUGAGGGUUGGUGCCGUAUCAGGAGGCGGCGGAGGCUCGGCCGCGGACAGCGGCGCGCGGCCCCGAUCGCUGGAUUCACUGGGCUCGCCGCCACUCAACAGCCGACCACUUCUGCCAGAAGACUCCUCAGUGCGGGAAAAGGCCACCUACUACGAGCAGCUCGCAAGCGCACAGAAGACUUCGGAUGGGGGGGCCACUGCCCUGGUGCGUCGAAGCAACGCCAGCAGUGGCGCCGGCGGUGGGGCCAGUGACGGCGGCGGCGCAAGCCCGCUCGUGUCGCCUCGCGAGCCAACCGCUGCGCCAAUGGUCCGGUCACGCGCUGCGCCGCCCGUGUUUGCGGUGGCGGAGGCAACCGAGGACGAUGGCGAGGACGAUGAGGUGCCUUUCGAGGAGGAGGCGGUGGAGACGGAUGAGGAGGAGCACGAGCUUGCAUCUCCUGGCGCCGCUGCCGCUGUCGCGACGGGUGCAGUGGGCAUCGCGGGACUACGGCAGGCGGUGGCGGCUGCAGGCGGCACCAGCCGCAGCCUGCCGCCGACGCCAAGCGGCGACACGGCAGCGGGCACUUCACAAGAGCCCCUGAUCGCCACCGGCGGCUCACUGGCAGCUGUACGUGCCGCCCGCUCCGGCCUCGGCCUGUCCGGAGACCUCUCAUCGCCGAAGUUCACUGCCGCCCUGUCUGGCGGCACCGGCGAACGCGACGAUGACGCGGGUGAGGACGACGAGGAGGGCGUCAGCCCCGCCACACACGCCCGCCGGGUGUUUGGCCGUGAGCAGACUUUCCGUAAGGGGCAGGCGGAUGAGGAGGUCUCCAUCAGCAGCGGUGACGAGGACGAGGCCGCCAAGGAACGCGAGGCCGCUCGCGCGGAGGCGCGCCGCCUGGGCCGGGAGCAAAGUUUCCGCCACGGCGCAGCAGACGAGGAGGUGUCCUUGAGCAGCGGAGACGAGGGCGAGGAUGAAGCAGAAGAGGAGGUGGCGCUGCCGGAUGAGCUGGAUGACGACGACGAGUACGCCGCCGGCAAGCGGGGCUCCGCUGCCCGGCCCAGCAGUGGUGCGGCCGCUGCUGGCGCUGUCGCCGCUGCAGGCGCUGCUGCUGCCGCCGCUGGCUUUGAGGCGUCUGACUCGGACAUCUUCGAGCAGGAGCGAGAGGACGAGGAGGCGGAGAUUGAGGCUCGCGGGGCCGAUGUGGACGACGGUGACGACGACAACAUUGGCAGUGGCUUUGAUGAUGAUGAAGACCUCGAGCUGGCUGGCAUGGCGCCGCCGCCUCGCCAGCAGGAGGACGAGGAGGAGGAGGAAGCGGAGCGGGAUCUUCCCGUCGUUGCAGCCCGCGCAGCAGCGCCAGCACCAGCGGUGCGCUCCGCCCCCGUCGCCUCGGCAGUGCCAGCAGCCAGUGCCGCAGUGGCGGGCGACAUUGAGGGAGGUGAUGAUGACGAGGCAGAGAGCGUGGACGUUGAUGAGGACAUCGAGCUUGAGCCUGGCGUCAACCCGGGGGGUUUCGAUUAUGAUGACGAGGACGAGAUGCCCACCCUGUCUGCACCGCUGCACUCUCAGCCGCCGCCGCCACUCGCGGCGGCACGUAGCGGCGCUGUGGCAGCCUCCUCAGAGCCUGUCAAUGCAGGUGCUACCGCCACCGCUGUCAGCGGCACGCCGGGGGCGGCAGCUGCGGCUGCCGCUGGGGCGGAGGGGGAUGCCUCCCGCAACGCCAGCCAGCUCAGCACCAGCGGCCUUGGGCCGCUGGCAGGGCUCUCCAGCGGCGCUGCAGCCUUGCUGGGCGCCAGCACUGACUCACUGUCACGCCGCAAGCUGCCACCGCUGGCCCCCCUCGCACCACUGGGCGCAGCUGGCGCGUCCAACCUCCAGACCAGUCGCGGGCUGGAUUUGACGCCGCCGCUGCUGCGGCCGCCGCUGGGCGCAUCCGGCAACCUGAGUGGCAACCUCAGCGGCCACUUGAGUGGCGACCUUACGGCGGUCUUGAAACCCUCCCUGGGUGCGGUGUCCAGCGGCGGUGCGCCGGCUGUCUCCAUCCCCGCUGCCUCGACCUCAGCCGGAGGCGCUCCUGCACCCGCCGCCGCUGCCGCUGCGCCCACCUCCUCAGCAGCUCCGGCAUCCGCCGUGGCUGCGGGUAACUCCAUGCGCUCCAUCGCUGCGGCCGACUCUUUGCGCUCCAUGGCUGCGGGCGACUCUUAUCGUUCCAUCGCUGCGGGUGAUUCCAAGCGCUCCAUUGGCGGCGGCUUGUCCACCGAGGAGCCCGCACCACCGGUUGUGCUGGCCACCCCCGCGUCCAUGUCGAUGUCGGGUGAACUGACAGGCCGCCGGAUGCUGGCACCACUUGCGCCUCUGGCGCCCCUCUCGCGCGUCUCAGGCGCGGGCGCCCUGCCGCCUGUGCAGCCGCCGCCCAACCUCAGCGUCAGUGGUGCCCUCAGCCCCGGCAGCAGCGCCGCUGCCACGCCCGCUACCUCUGCCGGCGGCGCGCCGGCAACCUCGUCUUCGCCCGCGUCGCGUAGCAUUGGCGCCGCCGGGCCCGCGCCGCUGCCCAUUGUCAAGUCGGCGCUGCCAGCGCUACGCGGCGCUCCUCCGGCAGCCGCCGCCGCCGCCGCAUCGUCGGCCCCAGCCAAGAAGGACGAGGACGCGGAGUCGCUUGCCAGCGGCUUCAGCGGCAUGUCCAUUGGAGACCUGCCGGACAACGGCGGCGCCGUGGGCGAGUCGGCGGCGGACCCCGUUGCUGCGGAGCUGCUGGCGCCCGCACCCGUGCUCAUUCCGGGUGCGGGGCCGGCAGGCGCCAGUGCCUUCGCCGUGCCCUCCAUGGAGUCGCUCAAGAAGCUUGUGCUGCACCCCACGCCGCAGCCGCACCCGUUGGCGCGGCGCAGCGAGUCGCCGCUACACCCGGCAGAGCCAGCCACCGGCACGGACGCCAGCACGGCCUCCGGCUCGGCGCCCAACUCUGACAAGUCCAUGCCGGACACAGCAGAUGCGGACGUGGAGGCGGAGGGCGAGGCGGAGGUGGGCUCUGAGCAUGCGGCGCUGUCACGAGCCGCGCCUCCGCCACCGCCGCCUGCCCGCCGCAGCAGCGGCGGCGUCAGCAGGGCCAGCGCGGCGGAUCGGGAGCCGCAAACGGACGAGUAUGAGGAUGACGCGAUCCCGGAGGAGGACAUUGCCGAGGAGGUGAACAUGGAUGCUGAGGGCGUAGGCAUGUCUGCGGAGAACAGCGGCACGGCAUCAUCAGGGGCAGGCGUGACACGGGAGAACUCCGUCACCAACCCCGACCCGGCGCCAAUGCGCUUGAGCGCCUCGGGGCAGGGCCCCGUGCUGGCGCUGCAAACCCCCAGCAAGAGGGGCCUCGCCUCAUUGCUGGAGUCGGGCAGCCAGGACGAGGGCGAUGACGAGGACCGGCCAAGCAGCUCCGCUGCCGCCGCACACGCAGCGUCUGCGGCGGCCGCGCUGGCGCCUGCCGUGCCGUCGGUGCACUCGCGCGGCGCACUGCUCGCGCGCAGCAGCAGCGGCGCCAGCAGCCGCGACCUACCGCCGCAGCGGCCGCCGCUGUCCUCAGCCACUGCUUCCCGCCGCACGCUCGCCAGCGACGACGACGCUGCUGAGGCCGGUGUUGCCACUGCAGCGGUCGGCAGCAGGACGGCGCAGUCCUCUAUCAGCGGCGCCCUGGAGCGAUCCUCGCCGGCACCCUUCCGCUCGCCCUCUGCCCGCUCCACUGGGCUCAGCGAGCUGCUGCAGCCCCCCGAGGCGUCCGGACACGACGCCACCUUUUUCGCCAGCCCCAGCCCCGGUGGCCACAGCGCCGCCGGCAGCCGCACCUCCAGCCCCUCGGGCGGAAGCCCAGCCGGCACCACGCACGACCGCAGCCACUUCCGCCGCGGCCCGCUGACGGCAGCGCUGGCGGCCGCCGCUUCCGGGCCACUCACCACCACCACGAUCACGCCCGACGGCAUUCUGGAAGCCGAACCCGAGCUCGAGGCUGAGGCGCAGGCCGAGUCCUCCGACAUUUUUGUGGACGAGGAGGAGGAGGUGGUGAUGGAGAAUGAGGAGGUGGACGAUGACGUCUUUGGUGAUGAGCCCGAGCCCCCCAGCAUUGACCCGGCCGCCGCGGCCGCCGCCGCCGAGAUGGCGGAGGCAGACAGCGAGGAGCAGGGGCACGACUCCUUCGACCUGGACCUGCCUGGGAUUGGCGAUGAGGGUGGGCAGGACGAGGAGGGCGGCGCCGGGCACCGCUUUGACCUGAACGCGGGCGGCAGUGGAUCGCUGGGCUCUCUGGACCUGCCGCCUGACCUACCUGGCAUGUCGGAGGGCAGCGCAGGCGACGACGACGAGGAAGAGGAUAUCGGCCGCCUGAACCACGAGGCGCAGGCAGCAGCCGUUGCCGUGGCGGCUGGCAGCAGCUCUCGCAGCCUGCUGCCGCCCCUGCCGCCCGGUGGCCGCCACAGCGGCGCCGGCGUCACGACGGCUACUUCUGCAGCCCUGGCCGCGGGCGCCUCCUCAUCACGGAUGAGCCUGCCCAGCUCGGAGGACAGCCUGGCGCUGGUGGCGCCGGCGGAGGGAGCAGACCGCAGCCUGCUCAGUGACGGUCCGGGUGAUGAUGACGAGGCCGACAUUUUUGCGCACAGCGGUGACGCCGAGGCCAUGGGUGGCAUCUCGAUCGAGGCCUCCGCAGGCCGCUUCGGCAGCGGCAGCGCCGGUGCCGUCGCGGUCGCGUCGCGCGCAGCGCCGCAGCCGCUUGCUGUGCCGGUGCCUGCGCCUGCGCCCCGGAGUGACGCCGAGGCCGGUGCAAGUCGCCGUGGCUCCAACCCUGGCGGCGCACUGCACGCCGACCACAGCAGCAGCUCGAUGGGCUUUGACGGCGACGUCUCCAUGGAGGCCGAGCGCCUGGCGGCGAUGCUGUCGCGCGAUCCUCGCGGUGCUGGUGCUAGCCGCGUGAGCGGCAGUGGCAGCGCCGCUGGCAGGCGCAGCACGGACGCCAGCGGGCUUGGCGCGGUGGCCGAGUCUGACGGCGAGGCCGCGGCGGUGUCGGAGGAAGGCAUGCAGGCCGACAUCGAGGAAGAGCUGGAGCUGGAGGGUGUAGGCGGCCGCGCCGCGCGCUCCUCCGGCACCGGCUCCGGCCGUCGCAGCAGCGAGGGCGCCGCGGGCCGCGUGCACGGCAGCCUGGACUUCUAUGACGAGGAGGAGGAGAGCAGCACCAGCAGUAGCGGCAUCAUUGCCGCCGGGCCUACCGGCGCGGUGCCGGCCUUCACCGCCGCUGGCACGUCCAUGAUGUACAGCGAUGACGACUCGUCCAUGGAGUUGGAGGUGUUCAAACCCGCGACGACGACGGCCGCUGGCGCCACAGGCGCCGGCGCUCGCGGCGGCACACCGGCUGCGCCGGCGUCAUCCUCGGCAGCAGCAGCGGCAGGGGCCCCGGCGCGGCAGCAGCAAGCGUAUGCGGGCGACUCGUUGAUGAUGGACGACUCGCGAGAAUCCAUCGGCCUGGGCGGGCUGGGCGGCCGCGGCGACCUGGCUUACCACGGCCGCAGCGGGCUGACGGAGGAGGAGGACGAGGACAUGCGGGCGUACGAGGAGGAGGAGCAGGUGGAGGAGGAGCCCAGCAGGAGCAGCAGCCUAGGGGUGUCAGCAGCGGCGGCACGCGCUGCCGCGGGGCCCAGCGCCAGCGUCUUGUCGGCAGGGAGCGACAGCGCCGGGGCCGCCUCCACGCCCACGUCCCAUAAGCUGCCGGCACCCAGCCGGCAGGAGGCGCAGCGCGCGGCCGAGGCGCGGCGGCCGGCGCGGCCGGCGCUGCCCUUCGCGCACUCCAUGGGCGACCUGAGCACCAGCAGCGGCGCCUACCGCGUGCAGGUGCUCACCGGCGACCGCAGCGGCAGCAGCUGCAGCCCCGGCGCGGUGCGGCUGACGCUGUACGGCAGUCAGGCGGUGCACGCGGCGCAGCUGCGGCCCACCGCGCACGCGGGCCGGCCGCUGGGCGAGGGCGAUCGCAGUGAGGAGGACUACUUCCUGACUGGCGGCUGCGACGAGUUCAUGGUCGACACCGCGGCAGACCUGGGCGAGCUGUCCGCCGUCUACAUCUGGCAUGAAGGCGAGGGCUUCUCGUCUUCCUGGUUCGUGUCCAGCGUGACUGUGGAGCAGCUCAUGACGGGGCUGGAGUGGGUGUUCACCGUCAACGACUGGGUGCGCGGCGGCAACCGCGGCGGCAAGGUGGUGCGCCUGGACGGCGGCGGCGGCGCGCUGUCGCUCAGCCGGGAGAACAGCCUGGCGCGCCUGGCGGGUGGUGGCGCCGGGUCCCGCCCCAGCUCGCCGCCGCGGGUCUCCGCUCCCGGGGGUAGCAGCAGCGGCGGCGCCGCCGCGGGUGGCAGCGGCUUGGCCGCGCCGGUGCCGCCAGGCGCAGGCGGCGCGUACCAGCUGCGCCAGCGUCAGGGGCUUGGCGCGUUCGGGGAUGAGAGCAUGGACGUGUCAGACUCGGAUCUGAACUCGCCAGGCGAUCGGCCGGAUCUCGCCGUCGGCAUUAGCAGCCGCAGCUUUGGCGGUGACGACCUGCCGGGCUUGGGCAGUGCCAGGCCGCCAAAGGCGUCUGGCGGCCUGUCCAGAGGUAACAGCUCUGGUGGCGGCUCGUCAUCUGCGUUCGCGGGCGCAACGUCCGCUGCCGCAGCGGCAGCGGGUGGCGGCGGCAGGUCGGGGCGCAUGGCGUCCAACCUGCCGAGCGGCAUCGGGGUGGUGCUGGAGGAGGACAUUGAGGAGGUGGACGCCAUGCUGUCGACCAGUGCGGCCUUCAGCCUUGGUCCCGUGUCUGCAGCCCGCGGCACCGGCCCGGCGCUGGUGAGCCCGCGCCCGCCGCUGCCUCCUGGCGCGCCACGCCGCCGCGAGCUCACGGACGAGGCCAGCGAGGGCCCCGACACAGCCACCAGUGGCGGCGGCCGCCGCACGUCGGCCUCGGGUGCCCUGCCGCCCACGCCGCCGGUCAACCGUCGCAGCAGUGGCGGUGGCGUGGACCGCAGCGGCAGCUUCGGCCGCCGCCUGUCUGGGGGACUGGAGCCGGAGGGCUCUAUGGACUCUUUUGGCGGCGGCGGCAGCUUCGGCCGGCGGCGCGUGCGCGUCAGUGGCGGCGGCGAGGAGGGUGACCUGGCCUCAGAGCUGUCGGUGGAGGGCAGCGAGCUGUCCGGAACGUCGGCGGCGUCGCUGUCCAUGUACGCGCCCGGCGGUGUGCGGCCGCCGGCGCUGGCGGGCGGCGCCAUCGCGGUGGACUACCUGGGCACCAGCCGCAAGCGGGUGUCGUGGGCUGAGUACGCAGACGAGUAUGAGUUCUCGCGCGAUGACGACAGCGGCUCCGUGGCCUCGGUGACGGAAGAGGAGAUGCUGGAGGCGCAGGGCGAGGCCACCCGGCCCGACUCCUCCAACGUGGGCUACGACGCCCUGAUGGCCAAGCCCAAAGCCGGCGCCAGCUCCGCCGCAGCGGCCGGGUCCGCAGGCGCUGCCGGCAGCAACGCGGCGGGCGGCGCCGCCGGUGACUUCAUGGAGGUGCCGCUCAAGCGGCGUAAGGGGCCGCACGCCAACGCAUACGGCUACAAGAUCAAGGUCUUCACCGCCGACAAGCUGAACGCGGGGCUAGGCAACACCACGGUGCACGUGGAGCUGCUGGGUCGCGACGCCACGGUGUCGCAGGCGCUCCCCAAGGGCAAGGGCUCAUUCGCGCGAGGCUGCGCCGACCGCUUCACGCUGUACAGCCACGCCGGGGACAUGGGCCAGCUACUAGCGCUCAAGAUUUGGCACGAGGGCAAGACACUCGGCCCCGGAAACUGGGGCUUUGAGUCGGUGGUCAUCGACGACCGCGUCAAGGGCAACCGCUACACGUUCCGCAACCCGGACCCUGACUGCGUGCUGCGCAAGGGGCGGCGGCACUGCCUGGUGCUCAAACCCGCAGUCAGCCGCAUUGACGAGAGCGAGGACCUGGCGGAGGUGGCGCGCGAGUACGAGACACAGCUGGUGGCCAACAGGGGCCUGAACGAGCAGGAGCGCGCCGGGCUGCGCGGCAAGCUGGACAAGAUCAACCAGCGCCUGAGCAGGGUCGGCGCACGUGUGGCGCGGACUCUGAGUGGCGGAAGCAGGAAGUGAUGCACCGUUUAAAGAUAGGAUGACGCACACGUCAACGGCCUGCGGUGGGUUCGUGGUCCAUGAUAGCACUGGCGCUCGAACACGUGCAAGCAAUAUGGUUUAUGGCCAGUGAUUACCCGUAGGCUAGCCGAUGACAUAAUGCAUUUGUGAUGAGCUCAUUCAUGUCUAUACAUAGGACUGCAUUUAUACUGGAGGACAGGAGGUGGGCCCAUGUUUCAGCCACGUGGUCCCGGGGGCGAUUGAGUGCAUGAAGUGCGAGGGUGACAGCACUGCGCAACACGACACUUGCAAGUGGACAGCAAGAUGCAAGCGCUGUGGGGGCGAAUACCGCUCCUCAGUCGAUAUACAUACUGCCAUGGAAUGUAAUCCGAGUUCCAG